GGAAGGGGGGCGGAGGAAGGAAAGGAAGAGAAUGGCUCUGGGACGGCCGGCUCCGCAGCUGCGGCUCCUGCUCCGUGCCUCCCUCGGACCCAUGGCUCUGAACCAGCGCGCCGUGUCGGGCCCGGAUCCGAGGCGCAGACCCUGGCGCCUCUCGGUGGAAGGGAACAUCGCUGUGGGGAAAUCUACCUUUGUAAAGUUACUCCUGAAAACCUUCCCAGAGUGGCACACAACUGCCGAACCAGUAACAACAUGGCAGAAUAUCCAGGCUGUUGGCACACCAACAGCUGGCCCUCCCCAGAGUGUGGGGAACUUGCUGGAUAUGAUGUACCAGCAGCCUGCACGGUGGUCCUACACCUUCCAGACAUUUUCCUUCCUGACUCGGCUUCAAACCCAGCUGGCCUCCUACCCAGAGAGCCUAUUUCAAGGCCAAGAGCCCGUGCAGGUCUUUGAGCGGUCAGUGUACAGUGACAGGUACAUCUUUGCCAAGAAUCUCUUUGAAAAUCGCUCCUUAAAUGAUGUCGAGUGGACUGUGUAUCAGAAUUGGCAUUCCUUCCUUCUCCAGGAGUUCAGCAGCCGAGUUCUCCUGGAUGGCUUCAUUUACCUUCGGGCUUCUCCCCAGAUAUGCCUGAAGAGACUCCGCCAAAGGGCCAGAGCUGAAGAGAAGGGCCUUGAGCUGGGCUAUCUUGAACAGCUCCACGCUCAGCAUGAAGAUUGGUUCAUCCAUAAGGUGACUGAGCUCCACUUUGAGACCCUGAAGAAGACCCCUGUGCUGGUGCUGGACGUCAACGAGGAUUUCUCGGAGAGGGCAGCCAAGCAAGAGGAGCUCAUGACAAAGGUAGAUGCCUUUGUAAAGAAUCUAGGAUGAAGCCAUGGUCCUGCUAGGCAGAUUCUGUGGGCCUGGGCCAGGAUUCUGACCAGCUAGUGCCUUUCUGCAGCUUGGAGAAUCAUGGAUUCCAUUUCUCCAGGCCUCUUUGCUCCCUCAGCCUUACUUGGCACUCAUGGACUUGUUCUUUACUGACCCUGAGCAGCUCCUCUGAGGCUUAUCUGUCAAAUAAGGGCAUCAGACUUGAUGGUCUCCAAGGCUCCUUCCAGCCCUACAGCUCUGACCUGCUAUCUCAUGGUCCAAGGACCUCCAAGGUUCUUGUUCAAGCUUUCCUUGGUUCUGAAAGAUGUUUUCUUUUUUCUUCAAUUUCAUUUUAUUUUCAGAUCCAAAUUCUCUCCCUCUCUACUUCCGCUCCCCCACUCAUUUAGAAGAUAAGAAAUAUAUCACAAACAUGUAGAGCUGUGCAGAACAAAGCCACCAUGUCCAAAAAAGAAAUGGGAAAGAGGCAGAGAUAGACAGACCCAUAGUGCAUCCAUCAGUCCCUCUCUAGAGGUAGAUGGCAUGUUUCAUCACGAGUCCUUUGGAAUCUUGGUUGGUCAUUGUGUCGGUCAGAGUUGCUAAAUCUUUGAAGACAUUUUCCCCAAAGGAAAGCCUGGCUUUUAUAAAUUCCACUAGCUAUCCAUGUGCUGAGUGCAGGCACGGGCCUGAGGGUUCCCCACUAGAUGACUGGUUUUCUCUGAUCUCCCAUGGGUCCCUCCCCACAUCAGAGCCCCCAGUGACAUGAGCUCUCAAGUGUGGGCAUGGGCAGAAUAAAGGAAGUGGUUGGGCAGAAAGGAUCAAAUUGACAAGGGUGAGACCACAGAGUGGGGAGAUCAUGCCAGGACUCAGGGCUUUGCUUCUCCACCCCUGCCCUCCACACGCUCCGAUGAAACUGGGCAUCUUGGGAUGUUUUCAUUCUUUCUUCCCCCCUUAGGUCUUGUGAUUAAUGACUUUUAGAAUACAAAUAUACAGGAGCAGGUUAUCCUAUGUUAUCCUAUGAAUACCAGGCAGGAGUUUUGCAAUGGAAAGAACGCUGACUUUGUAGUCACAGAGUAGGGGACAAUGAAGGCCUCUAGGGACAUAUGUUCUACCAAUUACUUUCCAAGUAGCCUCAGACAGUUCACAUCACUUCUCUGGCCUCAGUUUCCUUAUCUGUAAAAUAAGAGCAUUGGACUAGAUGACCUCUGACAUCCCUUUCACUUCUAAAUCUAUGGCCACCCUAUAUUCCAUUCUAAUUUUUAUUAUUACAAUUUUUAUAUGUACAAACACAUAUGUAUUUAAAUACAUGGUUAUAGCAAAUGUGUCUAGCAUACUCCUAUUCCUGUUCUCUCUCUCCUAUCAUUUUAUAUGAAAGUUAUGAAUAGAGUGUUGGAGUUAGAUCCAGUAAGACCUGGGUUCAAAGGCUGCCACCAAUACUAUCCUUAGGCCCAAAGGCAAGUCACUUAAUCUGUCUGGGCCUCAAUUCUCAAGGGCCAGAAAUUUUACUUUUUUUCUUAGAUUUUUUUUUCUCAAUUACAUAUAAAAACAAUUAAUAUUUUUUUUUAAGUUUUGCGUGCCAAAUUCUCUCUUCCUCUCCCCUCCCCCUUCCUUGAGAAGGCAAGUGAUUUGAUAUGGGUUACACAUAUGCAAUCAUGUAAGAUAUUUCCAUAUUAGCCAUGUUGC